GUGAAAAGUGAUGUGAAGAGCGAGCGUUGCAGAAAUGCGUGAUAAUGUGGGAUGUUCCCACAGUUCAUUCAGAAUACAAGUUGAUGGACAAAAUUCAGAAACUUAGUGAUCCAGAUAUGUAAUUUUUGACUUACAGUUUCUCAAUCCACUACUCAUUCCUUGAGGCGUUACUUUUCUACAAUAUUUCCUAAUUUAUCCCCUUUUAGGAGGUGGAAUAGCUCAGUGAGCAUAGUGAGUGGAUUUCAUAGCACAGUAUUGACAUAAAGAAUGUUGCUUUCCUUCUUAGAGUGAACGUGCAUCCAUCAGGCGGCAGAUAGUACUGGAAGAAUGACACAAUUGGAACGAGGAAUUGUCCACCCCUGGUCCACAUGGACGUAAUUCGUGGGUCCUCACAGGGGCCUGUCCUAGAUCACCACGACACCAUCCUAACACCAGCAACAGAGGGAGGUACUGUCUUUUGAGAAGAAUCUGCAUGGAAGGUGGAGGCAGCAAGUUACUCUGGUCGCUACUGCCCCCCCCCCAUCAGGGUUGUGCAUUUCUGUAUGCCAUGCCACUAGGUGACCGUAAGCCAGGAGUGAAUACAAGUCAUCAGAAUAUCCAGGAUGCAUGGCUCGAGGUACUCAGUUGGACCAAAUGUCUUCAGGCAACACGCAUAUUAAUGCUUAUCAGUGGAAUGCAGAUCUUUUUGCACCUGAUUAGUCUCCAUUUCCAGAGACCCCUGGCCAGUUUUGGGAAAUGUAUGGAGCACAUUACCUGCAAAUAGCUUGAGAAAUUGAGUCCUAUGAAGCCUCCUCCAUUCCUGCAGAAUUGCCCGUGGCUGAGGAAAGACCACCAGGGGUAUUGACGGAAGCAGGAAUUGAGUGGCUGCCAUCCUACAAGUAAGUCAUCGUAACAUCUUGUGUGUAUUUU